AUGGUAGCCGUCUCGAGUGCACGGCUCUUGUCGAUUCCUUUCUCUUCCCACUCAGCUGCUGGAAUCUCCUUCACGGCCUCACGCGCGCGCGACGCAUCGUCGCGCACAAGCGGCCUCUGGAGAUAUGGAGCACUCCGGGCCUUCGAGCCUCGAACUCGCGUGCGGCGCAGCGGCGACGCAGCGAGGAAAAGAGGCACAAGGAGAGGCACGACGAAAACGAGGGCAAAACAAAACAACCGGAGACGAUCGAUCGCGGACGGAACACGACGAAGGAAGGCAGCGAAGCGAGAAGAGAAACAGACCAAAGACGAAGAGAAGUUGAGACACCCUCUAGUUAGACAAGGAAGCGGCCAGGGCAGGCUGAAGCACCGCGCGUCGAAACGCGAGGAAAGCCCAGAAAUGAGACGAGACGGAGAUGGACCGCUGCACCCAAAGAAGCCAGGAAACGCCGACGCAUCACGAGGCAGAAGGCAAAUGUCUCCGCUUCCCCUUGCGUUUCCGGUGUACGUACACCUCAGGGUGCCGCUGGGGGAGCCAAACGGGCGAGAGGCGCUUGCGUGUUGUCGCUGCCAAGUUCGGCGAAGUCAACUCGGUGGAGAAGACGCCGCGGCGCUGAGAGGCGCGAUUCAAGAGCUGAGACCGCCGCGCGGCGAACAGGCUGCAGAGAACAUGCGGAAACCCGCGCCAGACACAUGCGGUCCCCCCAGGAGAGACAGAGCGCUCUUCGGCGCCACACACACAGCAACCGGCUGUCUUCCCAACGGCGCAGUCUCUCGGCAGUUCGGAGGAGAAAGGAACGGCGAGAGAAACGCCGGCGCGCGAGAAAAAGGAACGACACCGCCGCGCUGUGCGUACGCUGCACAGCUAUCUUCCUGUCACCCGGCGCGGGAAAAAUUCGCGAAAAGUGUCUGGGGUCGCCUUAUGAGCGAUGUGGCAACGUGCGCGCAGUGGAGGCCACAGGCGCAAGUUCAGCAGGUCAAGGCGAGGCAGAGGGCGCAGCGAUUUUUUGGGCCCGGCGCGCGCGAUGACGCGGGGUCGCCCGCGAAUGACGCCGGAGCGUGGGAACGGAAAUUCGGUGAAUUCGUCUGA